AUGUCUGGUACUUGCCGUCUCUACUCGUUCACCAACCCUGGCCGUGAGGUCACUGGCCUCCACAGUCCUUGACAGAUUAAAGAUGGCGCCCUCGCAUACACUGAGGUGCUGCAAGCGUACUAUUAACUGGAUACCUGUCCUCUUUAUCAACCUGGUCGUGGGAUGGUCGUACUACGCUUAUGUUGUGGAGCUUUGUGUUUAUACAAUCCCCAAAAAUGCAGAGCGAAUUGGCUACUUGGUCAUCUUCCACGUUUUCUUCUUCGUGUUCAUAUGGUCUUACUGGAAAACUAUCUGGACAAGACCAGCUGAACCAUCAAAAGCGUUUACCCUGCCGAGAGCGGAGAAGGAACUGUUCGAAAGAGAAGAGCGAGCUGAGAUGCAACAAGAAAUUCUAAAGAAAGCGGCGAGAAUUUUACCUGUCUACACUCGUACAGCAGGAGGAGCCAUUCGAUACUGUGAUCACUGCCAGGUAGUUAAACCUGAUCGCUGUCACCACUGUUCCACCUGUGAGACGUGUGUGCUCAAAAUGGAUCAUCACUGUCCCUGGGUAAAUAACUGUGUCGGCUUCUCCAACUACAAGUACUUUGUCUUGUUUUUGACAUAUGCCUCACUCUACUGUGCAGUAAUUUGUGCAACAGUCGUCCAAUACUUCAUCAAAUUCUGGACUAAACAGCUUCCUGACACACAUUCAGCCAAAUUCCACAUAUUGUUCCUGUUCUUUGUGGCGGUGCUGUUUUUCAUCAGUAUCUUAUCGCUCCUCAGCUACCACCUCUGGCUUGUAGGCAAGAACAGGACCACCAUAGAGGCUUUUAGGGCUCCAGUGUUUGCAAAUGGUCCAGACAAAAAUGGAUUUUCACUCGGCUUCAAGCGGAAUGUAGCUGAGGUGUUCGGGGAUGAAGCAAAAUACUUUAUAUUUCCUGUUUUUUCCAGUCUGGGGGACGGACAUUCAUUUGUUACCAGAUUGGUGCACAUAGAUCCUGAACAGGCAAACAGAGUCCUGCAGCAAAAUGGCAAAAGCCCUUCCAUGGAGGAACCAAACCCUAAUGUGCUAGCCAAUGCUACGCAACACAUAGUGGAUGAAAACAUGAAGAACAAUGGUGCCGCCCAGAUCGUGUCCGUGGCCAUGGAAAGAGAGCAAUAGAAGCAGGUCAUAUCAGGCACAACAGCAGACCUCACACGCUGCCUUGACCAUCAGCACAUCCCCGGAAGCCGUCACCUCUCCUAAGAUAGGAUUGAACUGUCUCAUUGCCCUUUUUUUUAUUUAACGACCUUGCCACACUGCCAAUACUGCUCUAAACGUGUGCAGUAGCAGUCCAUAAUUGAUGCACAAGUUUUGUAUUUUGUUGUGGUCCAAAUAAAUUAACAGCUCACUGUUAGUGCUUUACGCUA